AUGGAUUCCAUGCAUCCCGACCCAGCCCCUGCUCCUCCCCCUUCCUUGUCCGACAUCAAAGCUCAGGUGGCUCGACUCGAGGCGGCCCACAAGCAGAAGGGCCUUCCUCUAUCAGGCAGGAUCAUCCAUGUGAUGCAUCAUCUUCCCGUUGAGAUCGUUCGAAUCGUCCCCGCAGAAUCAUUAGAAGCAGGCGGAGUUUUAUCUCCACCUAUGACACCGGAAUUUAAACCUGAAGACGUUGAAGCUAAAGUAGAAUCUGCAGAUGCUAAAUGGAGGAUUCACGCUAGAACCGCCCACCCAGCUUUGGUAUCAGGUAUAAAAUCAUUAUCAGAUACUCAUGAUCAAAUCUUGGUAGCUUGGACAGGUGAAGUGCUUUUACAACCUGAUACCAACGCAUCACCUCAACCUCCCUCACAAGCUACUUUCCCCUCUAUCGCCCAGAAUCUCUUAGCUCCCUUUUCGACCCAGCAAGAAACCCCAUCUCCUACUUCCCCAAGUGUGCCUACUCCCCCUCCUGAUGAGUCACCCUUGAUGGUUUUCGGAGGUGAAUUCAACGACCAAGAGAAGAAAGAGGUAGAAACGGAGUUGGAGAGGUUCACUGAGGUAGAACAGAAGUUUGAGGAAGGUGGAAGAUUGAAGUAUCUCCCUGUGUUCUUACCUCCUGAUGUCAGUAAAGGCCAUUACGAGGGCUUCUGUAAGAAGACUCUUUGGCCAUUAUUCCACUAUCUGCUAUGGCUCGACUCUACCGCUACUGUCCCUUCACCCGACCCAUCAUGGUUAGCCUACCACAAGACCAACCAAAUGUUCGCCCAAAGAGUUGCCGAAGUCUACAAGCCUGGUGAUUUGAUCAUCUGCCACGAUUACCAUCUCCUCCUAGCUCCCAAGAUGAUUAGAGAAGCUCUCGGCCAAGUAUUCCACCCUAAUGCAGGAUGGGGUACCGCUCAUCCUUCGCCAGCUGCGCACCACGCCAACAAGCGAUUCGACUGGGAUCAAAGUCAGCAAAGCACCCCUACCAAUGCUAAUAACGAUAAGUCCAAGACGGAGAAACUCGGUGGCUUCCUUUCGAACGUUGGCUCAGCUCUUGGUCAACAUCUGAGUGUCGGGGGCGAACACGGCGCUACACCCGUAGAAGUCAUGAUUGGAAUGUUCAUGCAUACUCCUUGGCCAAGCUCCGAAAUCUUCAGAUGUCUGCCUACUCGACGAGAGAUUCUUGAUGGUAUGCUCGGAGCCAAUCUCGUUUCUUUCCAAACAUACUCCUACUCCCGACAUUUCGUAUCGACAUGUAUCAGAGUAUGUGGGUAUGAGUCAACCCCUGGAGGAGUGGAUGCGAAUGGACAAGUCACAGCUGUAGGAUACUGUCCUAUAGGAUUAGAUGUCAAGCGAGUCAUCCACGAUAGGGAACUACCAGGUGUGAUCCCCAAGAUGGAAGCUCUCAGACAAUUAUACAAGGACAAGAAGAUCAUCGUAGGAAGAGAGAAAUUAGACGUAGCUAAAGGUGUAUACAACAAACUGCAAGCUUUCGAGAAAUUCUUACAAGUCUACCCUGAAUGGAGAGGCAAAGUGGUUUUGAUCCAGGUCACUACUCCUGCUUUGUCUGAAUCACCAAAACUUGAGAGAAUGACGGCUGAGUUGGUCAGUCAUAUCAAUGGUACUUAUGGUAGCUUGGACUUUACCCCAGUGCAUCACUACCACCAAGCAUUGGAGAAAGAUGAAUAUUUCGGAUUACUUUCCGUUGCCGACUUGGCUCUUAUCACAUCCCUUAGAGAUGGUAUGAAUACCACUUCGAUGGAGUUUAUCUUAUGCCAAGAUAAGACCAACAAAUCUCCUUUGGUUUUAUCCGAAUUUAUGGGUACCGUGGCUUCUUUCCAGAGCGCUUUACAGAUCAAUCCCCACGAUCUCCUCGGUGUCGCUCAUGCGAUAAAUAAAGGAUUGAACAUGCCUCAAGCCGAGAAAGAAGAAAGACAUCAGAGUUUACUUGAUUCCGUCAAUGGACAUACUUCAUAUACUUGGGCCGCGACGAUCUUGAAGCAGUUGUUGGAGAAUGUCGGUGGUGAACAUACUGCCCAUCAGACUCCCGCUUUGGAUGUCAACAAGUUUAGUCAGGCGUACAAGAAUGCUAAGAAGAGGUUGAUGUUGUUCGAUUAUGAUGGAACUCUCACACCAAUUGUCAAAGUACCUUCUCAUGCCGUCCCUACCGAAAGAACCCUUUCGGCCAUCAGUACACUCGCGAAAGAUCCCAAGAACGUUGUGUACUUGAUCUCAGGACGAGAUGGUGAUUUCUUAGAGGAACAUUGGGGACACGUGGAAAACUUGGGAAUGUCGGCUGAACAUGGUUCAUUCGUGAAACAACCUGGAGAUGAAGAGUUUACGAAUAUGACGGAAGCUCUUGAUAUGAGUUGGAUGAGUGAGGUGGAAGAGAUUUUCAAGUAUUAUACUGAGCGAACGACUGGAUCCACAAUCGAGGUUAAGAAAGCUUCUAUCACUUGGCAUUACAGGAAUUCGGAUCCUGACUUUGGUGAAUUCCAAUGUAAACAGUGUUUGGACUUGCUCGAGAGUUCGUUAGCACCCCGACGACCUAUUGAAGUUCUCGUCGGAAAGAAGAACCUCGAAGUACGACCACUGGCAGUAAACAAAGGUGAAAUCGUCAAACGAUUGAUGUACGAAAACCCUGAUGCGGAUUUAAUCUUCUGUGCGGGUGAUGACAAGACCGAUGAAGAUAUGUUCCGAUCUUUACGAACCGUCUUCCCACCUGGAGGCAUUCAUACCAACGAUCCGAUCAUCAUGAAACCACCUGUAGCUGUCACUUCCACAUUAGACCCAGAGGAAGUAGCCGAAUUGAAAGAUGUCGAAUUGCACAUUCGACCCGACGAAAUAUUCGCUACUACCGUUGGACCACCCGCGAAGAAGACACUGGCUGCUUGGCAUGUCACUUGUCCUGAGGAGGUGGUGGAGGCUUUGGAAACGCUCUUGGAGUCGCAGUAG